AUACAUCAUAUUAUGAUGUGUGUGUGUGUGUGUGUGUGUGUGUGUGUGUGUGUGUGUGUGUGUGUGUGUGUAUGUGUGUGUGUGUGUGUGUGUGUGUGUGUGUGUGUGUGUGUGUGUGUGUGUGUGCGUGUGUAUGUGUGUGUGUACAAUACAUGUGCAGGUGCAAGUGUGCAGUAUCAACCUUUUCAAACAGGUUCAAUAUUCAGUCGACGCUACUAUUCAUAUUUAGUGUUCAGCGGAGGUGGUGUGACUAAGCAGAAUAUCACAUUAUACAACAAUGCACGGUCAAGGAAAUAUGGCUGGCAAGAUUUCUCAUUGACAUAUGCUGCAACAAGCAAACAGUUGACAGUGUGUGUAGGUGGCACAGAACUGGCAAAGACUACUUUGUCUUCAGCACCACUAACUGGGACACUCAAUGGAAUCGGUUCUACAACACUGCGAUCUUUUACCGGAUUUCAUGACAUUCGAUUUGUUUCUAAGGUUUUGACUUCCACAGAACUUGAAGCUUUCAUAGAUUGUGAUAUCCUCAACAGCACUACGUCCUGUACGAUCUGCUCGGGUCUAUCAAAAGAUGGCGUAUGUCUUCCCACGCUAUCUUACGUGUGCGGUGAUGGAUAUUUUCUGGAUCAAACCGCAUUCAAGUGUGAAAAGGUACACAGUUGUUCACUCCGAGGUUCUCAACCAGCAGACACUAGUGCAUCAGUGUGCCCAAUAUUUAACUGCAAAGUAUCUGUUGUGAUACCACUGACUUAUACCACGGGAUGUGCUAAGCAGCUGAGUGGCUGGGAAACAAUCCACAGUGGAUCAUGCUCACUGAAACUUCUCGUGUGGGAGAAGACUGCUUCAACAACUUACAAAAAUAUCUUCCAGUCAUCCGUCACAGCAUUUAGCUCGUCCAGUGGCGCAGUCUACUACCGGCAGAGAUUUACAAGUACGGGGGAUAAGUUGAUAAUCCAUGCCAACCAAUCCCUCUACUUUGGAUUUGCGCAAACCAACAGUGGCUGCGGAAUUCGUGGUAAAUACACCUCUACCGGCGAUGCCUUCUACACACGAUCCACAAUCACUGUGGGAACGGAAUGGGCAGUUAGUUCUGCAUCAUAUGUACUUCCUACAUUCCGUAUCAUCUUGGAUGAUAUACCUGGACCAACAACUACCCCAACCACCACACCAACAACUACACCAACUACCACACCAACCACUACCCCACCAACUACCACACCACCCACCACACCAACCACUACCCCGACUACAACACCAACCACCACACCAACUACCUCACCAACUACCACACCAACCACCACACCACCCACCACACCAACCACUACCCCGACCACCACACCAACCACUACCCCGACUACCCCACCAACUACCUCACCAACCACCACACCACCCACCACACCCACCACUACCCCAACUACAACACCAACCACCACACCAACUACCCCACCAACUACCACACCAACCACCACACCAACCACUACCCCGACUACAACACCAACCACCACACCAACCACCACACCACCCACCAUACCAACCACUACCCCGACUACAACACCAACCACCACACCAACUACCCCACCAACUACCACACCAACCACCACACCAACCACUACCCCGACUACAACACCAACCACCACACCAACUACCCCACCAACUACCACACCAACCACCACACCAACCACCACACCAACCACUACCCCGACUACAACACCAACCACCACACCAACUACCCCACCAACUACCACACCAACCACCACACCACCCACCACACCAACCACUACCCCGACUACAACACCAACCACCACACCAACUACCCCACCAACUACCACACCAACCACCACACCAUCCACCACACCAACCACUACCCCGACUACAACACCAACCACCACACCAACUACCCCACCAACUACCACACCAACCACCACACCACCCACCACACCAACCACUACCCCGACUACAACACCAGCCACCACACCAACUACCCCACCAACUACCCCACCAACCACCACACCACCCACCACACCAACCACUACCCUGACCACCACACCAACCACUACCCCGACUACCACACCAACCACCACACCAACUACCCCACCAACUACCACACCAACCACCACACCACCCACUACCCCAACCACCACACCGACCACCACACUAACCACCACACCAACUACCCCACCACCUACCACACCGACCACCAGACCAACCAUCACACCAACCACCACCCCGACUACCACACCAACCACCGCACCAACUACCACACCGACCACUACCCCGACCACCACACCAACCACUACCCCGACCACCCCACCAACCACCGCACCAACCACCACACCAACCACCACGCCAACCACCACGCCAACCACCACACCAACCACCACGUCAACCACCACACCAACCACCACACCAACCACCGUACCAACCACCACACCAAUCACCACCCCAACCAUCAUACCAAUGAUUGCCACCACAACUGUGCCACAAGCCACAUCAUCAGUGCCCACAUCUCAGGAUCUAUCAGUAGCAACAUCCAAUACUAAUAUCACCAGCACAACAGCUUUUAUCGUUGUUGAUGUUGAUGGUGGUGGAAAUGAUAGCCAGUUAUCUGGAUCUGCUAAUCUUGCAAUACCGGUUGGGGCUGCAGUCGGCGGAGCAGCUUUCUUACUGAUAGUAUUGGUCAUUGUCCUGUUAUACCGACGUCAUCAUCGACAUACACACAGUGAAAUGAAGGUGAAUGAAUCAUCAACUGGUAUGAUGGCAUUUUCAAGUGGGACCUAUGGAUACCCGUCAAAUGAAGUUAUUCCAAUUGCAGGAAAUCUCAGCAUACAGGAUUCUGCACCAUACAUCAAUAGGGAGGUGACCGUCAGCAAACCUACUGGUACAAGGAGAAACGGUGGCAGGGCCACAUCACGCAUGGCACUCAUAGACAUGGAGGAGACAGAAUUUCAGUACUCUUCUGCUGGAGAAGGCGCUAAUUAUUCCACACAUUCAAACCAUCAGCCUAGCAGCAGCAGCAGCACAAGAUCAAGAACAUCAGCAACACCACCUAGCAGUGUUCAUGGCCAAUCCAGUGCUCAGGACUAUGGUGUGGAUACGGGUGAAGGCAACGGUGGCUAUGCUCGACUCUCUGCCGGCAGGGAAGCAAAGCCAGCCGUAUCUAGGACACCUCAAACACUCAGCACUCGACAAGGCGUAUCUUCAACUGGCGCUUCUGAUAUCUAUGAUACGUUAAUGGUGAACAUUGACAAUACGGCACCUGUGAUUGACCCACCAGAUGACGUGGACAAUCUGUAUUCACAUCUUCAAGUUGCACAACAAUACCGGCAGCUACUUCGGCAGGAUAUUAUUCUGGGCAAAGAGCUUGGAUCUGGCGAGUUUGGUGUUGUUCUACGUGGAGAUUUGAAAGUGGGAACUGCACAGAUACCAGUAGCUAUAAAAGUCUUGAAAGAUACCAGAUUGGAGGCGCGUAAAUCCUUACUGCAAGAAGCCGCACUGAUGGGCCAGUUUUGCCAUGGCAACGUGGUCAAGCUAUGUGGUGUUGUAACGGAUAGUGAGCCGGUACUGGUUGUACUGGAAUACAUGGCUAGAGGUGACCUGCGCAAUUAUCUUCUCUCCAUACAACCAGACCCUGGACAGUUGGUUGAUGAUGACAUGCUCACUAAGCUAUACGCACACUGUAGACAAAUUGCAGAAGGAAUGGCGUAUCUGGAGAGCCGUCAGUUUGUACACAGAGACCUUGCUGCUCGUAAUGUCAUGAUGGACUCACACAAGAUAUGCAAAAUUGGAGACUUUGGUAUGUCACGUCGACUAGCUGAUGAUACUUACUACCAUUCUCAUGGUGGCAAGAUACCUUUCAAGUGGACUGCUCCUGAAGCACUUCUUUACCGCAAGUUUUCCUCAGCCAGUGAUGUGUGGAGUUAUGGUGUGGUGCUCUUUGAGGUCUUCGCCUUUGGAAAAAAGCCAUUCUUUGGCAAGACACCAGACAAGGUCAUCAAGUUUAUAGCCGAGGAGAAAGGUCGCCUGCCACCUCCACCAGGCUGUCCCCGUGCCAUGUACAAGCUAAUGAUUGAUUGCUGGCAUCCUAACAGUCGUAGUCGGCCAUUCUUCACCAACAUUGUGAAGCGUUUUCACCAAAAGAAACAAGAAUUCACUAUGCCAGCAACGUUUGCAGAUGCAGAAAUUGCCCGUCAUGACCGCUCCCGUAUGAGUGCAUCAACAAUGCCUGCAGCAGGCCCAGGAAGCAGCAGCAGGAAUGGAAGCAGCAAUACUACUCUUGGGGCGGUGCAGGGUCGGCAGGCAACAGUUCUUGGUGUUGGCUUGAUACAUGGUGAGCCACUCUACACAGAUUUACAGAACUGCUAUCGAGCUCUCAGUAAUCAGUAGUACCUAGAAACUCUGUGUUUCUACAGUCUGCUGAGUUUACUGGUGAAUCCUCAGGCAAAUCCUGUGAAAUUCCAUGAGAAAUUUCAGGUGAAUUUGGUGAAUUCCCCAGUGAACUGUCAGAUGAAUUCGCUCUCAACGGCAGUAUAGUUACACAAACUUCAUGCAGUAUAUUAUUUACAAUGAUAUGGAAAGUUAGCUGUCUUGACGUUUCAUGCGUUUUUUAAAUGUUGAUAAAUUAUGUUGUUUGCAAGAAGCGAUUUUGUGAAAGCAGUGUUAUCAUUUCUAGUUAAUCAACACUACAAUGUCAUGAUGUUCCAGAGUUUUACAUUUAGCGAAAAUCUUUUGUUUUCUUCUUAGUUUGAAUCAGUGUGUUGAGGAAGACCCUAAACGUUAGCCAUAGCCUAGGGACUGUUCGUAGCGCUAUUGUUCUUUGCUCAGCUUUAACGCGUAACAUGUGUUGGUGUGAAGAUGACAUUCUAUUAUUUCUACUUGAGGUCAUAAUCCUUCCAGUGAUUCAUGUUACAUCUAUCAUUGCUUGUUCAUCUAAAAAAGAAACGCCACAAAGGUCAAAAAGUUGUCUGAUGAUUGCCUUAGCAUUUAGCUACGUGCAUGAAACGCAGCGUUACAACGUAUGUUUAUAUAAUUGGUGAAACCA